GAGGUGACAUCAUGCAUCAUAAUUUAUUUAGCAAGUUAUUUAGGUCUAAUCCAUAGUGUUCUAUCAAUCUUGUUUAGGUAUUUCUGCAUAAAACAUAGUUGAUUUGAAUAGAUUUUUUAAAAUAAAUUGUAUUUUUUAACUAAAAGUUUUUAUAACAAAGUAACUAUUUUCUACUUAUUUUGUAUUUGAACUUUUUGGAUAAAACUUAUGUUUUUUACGCUAUGGAAAUGCAAGACAACAACUUUCAGACCAUUAUAAGUACAUGGCGUCGUAUAUCUGGAGAGGAAAUAGAAUCCUCUGUUCCAACAAGUAUGUCUGGUGAUUCUAAUGAAUAUGAUUUUCAAAAGAAGAAAGAUGAAGACAGCCAUUUAUUAGUUCCGUCAUUAGUAUCAGAAAAAUCAAAAUCCCCACUAGCAGCCAUUGCCACAGCUGAAGUUGCAACAGCCACUGUUGACUUGCCUUCAGCCAAUAUUGGAGAUUCAAGUACAGAAGAGAAACAGGAACUUAUGAGGCAAGAUAGCGAUGACACCAAAGAAGUAGCUGGAGAUAUUAAUGAAAAGGAUGACAAGUAUAGCGACUACCUUGAAAACAAUUCUGAUGAAGAAAAUAAAUCAUCUGAAAAUAAAUGGGAGAAAGACAAACUUAGUGAUAAAGUAGACAGUGUAUACUUGAGACCGCCUCCACCAAAUAAAGCUCGCUCAACGGCUUCCACACCAGAAGAAGAAGACUGUGGUGUCAAAUGCCUAUAUUACACUCUUCAAUGCUGCGACUGUGUAUUAAUGUAAGCAGCUAUCUUGUGCCUAAUCUCCGAUCACUACAAUGUACCUCAUUUUAAUUAAAUUAGCUAUAUGUAGUUAAAAAUCAAAUUACACUAUUAAUUUGUGUUAUUUGGUUAAUUAGUGUCAACUAAAAAUAACUUUACUCUUCACUAAUGGUUAUUGUAUUAUGUAUGCAAAAAUCUUGGGUGGAAUAUAAUUCACUAAAUAUCAUUUAGUUCCUAUAGUAAAUGUCCAUAUAUAUAAUAUGGAAGCAUAACAAAGCGGCCUCCACAUAUGUAGUCAAAGAAUUUUUUGACAUUUCUUAGCUACCAAUACAUUUUUCAUUUGUCUCAAGGGCCAGAACUGUAAAUCUAGACAGAUCAAUAUAAAUUCAUCACUUGUGAUAGAGAUUAGGAUUUAUUUAGUUGGAUAUCAAGGUGGUGAUUUAUUAAUCAAUCUGUGAUUGAAAUAUCUCUCCAUUCUCCUAUAAUAACUAGGGUUUUUAUUUAAAAAAAAGUGGUAUUUUAAUUGCUCAUCUUUGUAGACAAUAAGUAUUUUAAUUUUAAAUUUGUUAAUGCCAGUUUAAAAAAAAGUGUAUGCUGAAUCAGAAAAUAAGGUUGUAUAUGACAGCGUGCAGUUGAUGUUCUCUUUUAUUAUGUAAUAAUUUAUGACUAUUUUCAUAAAUAUUACGAAUGAUAAAUUCUUGAAUGUGAUACCAUAUGCAUAUUAUUUAGGAUAAAAUAGUUUAUCAUUUAAUCUUUUGUUUUACAUAACUCCUAAUAUUCUUGUGUGUAAAAGUAUUGUUUAUAAGGAUAAUAUUUUUGAGAAGUAAUAAAAUUGUUGUAAUGCUAAUAUGCUGAAUUGUCACUGACAUUUUGAAUACAUAUUAUGUGUAUGUAAUUUCUAGACAUUAUAUAUUCAAUGAUAAACAUGCUCAUUUGUAACAGAAACACUACUAUUGAUUCAAAAGUAAUAAAAUAAAUAUAUUUUUUUCUGAAUUAUGUAUAUAUACAUAUACAAUUCAUAAGUUGAUGUACCUAUUUACAUUCCAGGAUAAUACAAACUUAACAAAUAAUUUGUGAUAAAAUUUUGUUACUUUAUUUCUAACAUUGAUUUUUUAUGUUUACUAUUAAGUAUAUUUAGGUGGGUAUUUACAAAGAUGAUUUUCUUAACAAGAAGAUAAUAUUUAAAGGCUGGCAGUAUUCAUUCCUUUAAAUGUCAGUUGAUGAUUACACUUGAAUUUUUGUUUAAUUUUAUGAUUUGUAUGGCUUUAUAAUUGAAUUUACUUUUUUUUAAGGUUUUGAAAGUAAUGCCAUUAUUAUAAAAAGGAGAAAAUGUGUUCUAGAUUAUAAUGUAUAUUUUUUAUAAAAUACGUUUAAUAUAAAAUUUCAAUAUUACUUAUACAUUUUGUAUUUUCAUAAUAUAAAUAAAUUCUAAUAAAAGUACA